UAGCGGAGGCGGUGCCGUAUACGCAGCUGAAGUCGCAGCAUGGCGCCUCAGCUGUCAGACAGUUCACCAUCGGCGUUCCUCCAGAAGGAGCUGCCCAAAAUCUACGACGAGGUCAGAAUGCAUAACCGAGAGUCUUCGGGCCAGCUUCUGAAGAGAUUUCAGGCGUCGUUCUUCACCGGCCGGAAAGAAGACGGCGAAUCCAAGGAGCAGUAUCUGGACAUCGGUUGCGGCCCGGGCAACUUCACUUGUAACUACUUGUUGCCACUCUGCCCGGCGUCGAUGAGAAGACUAGUAGCGGUGGACAACUCGUACCCCAUGAUUGAUUACGCUAGGCGAGAACACGGUCACCCGAGAAUCGAACACCGGAUGCUGGAUAUUGCAAUCGAUGACGAGGUGUCUCAAUUCAUCGAAACCGAAGGACAGUUCGAUCGCGUCUAUUCCUUCCUGACCUUUCACUGGAUACACGACAAAAGUGCCGCGCUGAGGAACGUCGAACGCUUGUUGACCGCCGGUGGCGAGUGCCUGAUCGUCUUCAAUCCUCAUCCUGGACCGCUACAGCUUUCCAAAGCAAUGAUAAACUCGGAGAGAUGGAAGGAAUACAGUGACGUGCUGAAGAAAGUUGGGCCAGAGUUUCCCGACACCCACGACCCAGUGUACCUGAGGAACUACCUUAUGGACAUCGUGAGAUCAACCAGCCUUGUGCCUCUGUCGUGCGAAGUGGUGCGCGUGGAGGCCACGAGUUCUAGUAUGGACGAUAUCGCACGCCUAUUUCUGCACACCAACCCCGUCUACUCGCUUCUGGGAAAAGAAGGAAAAGCAGAGUUGGAGAAUUUCCUCAAGGAACUUCUGAAACAAGGACAUUGCUCGAACUAUUCAUGCACAGGGACAACUCGGGAGCUGAGAUUCGUGUUUCACGGACUAUAAGCCGUAGCAUAGUGAGCUUCAAUCCACCAGCUCCUGCAAAAGCGUAACCUUACAUCUGCUUCAAGACCUUCAAUAUACCAACAGGAAGCGCUUAUAAAAUGAUUCGGCGCUUGAAGUAUUACAAUAUGAAGCUCAAUUUACUGCCGUACAGGCAAAUUUGUGCUUUCUGCUGUUGUGUUUUCAUUUGCCUAAAUGUGAAUUCAAGACAU